CAGAACGACAGCACAACCAUGGAAGGUUCCAGCGACACGACGCCGCGCAGCCGCGCGCGCGAUGAAUAGAAUCCGCCUCUUCCCCUGUCGCAAGUAAAGCCACUGACGAAUCCGGCCGCCUCGCCCCGUCCUCCGCCGCCGCAUCCCCGCGAUUCCGACCAUGGAGGGCGACAGUACCAACCUCGAUGCGGCGAUAGAGUCGCUCCUGAAUGUCGAGAAGCAGAUGAGACUGGCCGGCGAUGUCGCUGGCACGCGGAAGGCCGUCAUCGACAUCAUCGAGCUUUGCUACAAGGCCGGUGCGUGGAAGACACUGAAUGACCAGAUCGUUCUCCUCUCGAAGAGGAGAGGCCAGCUCAAGCAGGCCAUUACCGCUAUGGUUCAGAAAGCAAUGGAGUACAUUGAUUUGAUGCCAGACAUGGACACACGCAUUGAAUUAAUCAAAACAUUGAGCAGCGUCUCUGCUGGCAAAAUAUAUGUUGAGAUAGAGCGAGCAAGAUUGAUCAAAAGACUUGCGAAAAUCAAAGAGGAGCAGGGAAAGAUUGAUGAGGCUGCUGAUUUGAUGCAAGAAAUUGCUGUCGAAACAUUUGGUUCUAUGGCAAAGACAGAAAAAAUUGCUUUCAUUCUCGAGCAGGUCCGCCUAUGUCUGGAUCAUCAAGAUUUUGUCCGGGCACAAAUUUUAUCCAGGAAAAUCAGUACUAGAGUAUUUGACGUAGAUCCAUCAAAGGAAAAAAAGAAACCAAAAGGUGACAGUAUUGUUCAGGAUGCUCCUGCAGAAAUACCUUCCCUCCUAGAAUUGAAACGCAUCUACUAUGAACUGAUGAUUCGAUAUUACUCGCACAACAAUGAUUACCUGGAGAUCUGCCGCUGUUACAAGGCAAUUUAUGAUAUUCCAGCUAUCAAAGAGGAUCCAGCAAAGUGGAUACCGGUUCUUAGGAAGAUUUGUUGGUACUUAGUGCUGGCACCUCAUGAUCCUAUGCAAUCGAGCCUUCUCAACGCUACUCUAGAGGAUAAAAACCUUUCUGAGAUCCCAAAUUUCAGAUUAUUGCUGAAGCAGCUGGUUACUAUGGAGGUCAUUCAGUGGACAAGUUUGUGGGAAUUCUACAGAAAUGAAUAUGAGAAUGAGAAGCUUCUUGGAGGAGCUUUGGGUGCCAAAACUGAAGAAGAUUUGAAGCUGAGGAUCAUAGAACAUAAUAUCUUGGUUGUCUCCAAGUACUAUUCAAGGAUUAGCCUCAAGAGGAUUGCGGACCUUCUCUGCCUGAGUUUGCAGGAGGCAGAGAAACAUCUUUCAGACAUGGUGAACUCAAAAUCUCUGAUUGCAAAGAUCGACAGGCCAAUGGGUGUAGUGAGCUUCCGUACAGCUCAAGACAGCAACGGAGUACUCAACUCAUGGGCCACAAACCUCGAGAAGCUUCUUGACCUUGUUGAGAAGAGCUGCCAUCAAAUACACAAGGAGACCAUGAUCCACAAGGCAAUGUUGAAAGCUUAGUUUUGGCUCGUGGCUUUAGGUUCAGUUUGUGGCCUCCCGUCAUCAAAUUUCACAAAUUACAGGACAUGAAGCGGUCCCUUGUUUGCUUUGGCAAGAAGUUUUAGCCUUUUUAUCGAACAUUUGUGCACAAUGAAGAUUGCCGAAUCAGUUAGUGCAUUGCUUUCUUAAGAUUUGGCUAAGUCAUGUUGAGUAUUUACAAUCAGCCAAAUAUUGCCAAAGCUUAUGAGAUCAAGCUUAAGUUUUUGCCUCCUCGCUGACAGUAUUAGGCUUGCUGUUGUAUGGCAUUUCCAAACUUGAACUUGGGAAGUCAAUCUUUUUCAAGUAAGAGUAGCCUUCUGAUUCUUGCA